AUGACUUCACUAAGACAAGUUACUAGGAGCGCACCCCCGCCGGCCUUCCUGAGGGCACCUUCGUUCGCAGCUCACUCUUACGGCAGAGCUCCAGCAUAUAGACGGUUACUAUCGAACACUGAGAGCUCUAAAUUCUCAGGCAAUAAUAUAGCACCACUCACCUCUCCUCGACUACUUUUUUCGCCACUUUCUCAGCUACAGUCACCCUUCAUUCCCGAAACUAUAGCUACCUUACAGUCCCGUCCUUUCCACCAAACGUCGAGAUGGUACCAAGAACAACCCCAGCAAGCCCCGCAAUCCGCUAAGCCAGACCCUAAACCUGCGGAACCAAAAGAAAAAGCCGAGCAGAAAGCCUCAGAUACCGAAUCCGAAGCGAAAUCCAGCUCGGAGGAGAAGGCCGAUCAACAAGAGGAGCAGGGCAAAAAGGAGGAGAAAAAGGAAGAUCCACCGCCGCCACCUCCCCACGGUGACAAAACGCCAUGGCAAGUCUUCAUGGAAACAAUGCAGACCGAGUUCAAGGCUUCGAAAGAAUGGAACGAGUCGACCAAGCAACUGGCUGACUCAGCUCAUUCCUUUACCGAGAGCGAAUCUGUCCGCCGUGCGAGACAGGCCUAUGAAAGCACCACAGGUGCUGUUUCGUCGACAGCAGGAAAAGUGCUGAAGACUUCAGCUACCGCGGUUGGAAAGGGUGCGGCAUGGACAUGGGAGACGCCGGUCAUGAAAGGCGUUCGGAAAGGAGCAAAUUUAACUGGAGAUAUAUUGGACAAAGCGACGAAGCCGAUACGGGAGACUGAGGCAUACAAAAAUGUCAAGGACGUAAUCGACGAUGGAAGUAGUUCAAGAUAUGGUGGUUGGGUUGAAAAGGAAGAGCGGAGGAAAGCUAGGGAACUUCGGGAGAAGCAAGCUCGUUCUAUCCAUGGCAAGGCAGAAGAUGCAGUCGAAGAUCCAAACGCUGGUACAAAUAUCACAUUGCACAAAGACGCAGCCUGGAAAGAGGCGUGGCGGGAUUUCCGAGAUCAAAACAAGUUUGUCCAAGGGAUAUUCAAUAUGAAGAGUGUCUACAACGAAUCUGAGAACCCCUUAAUAACAACGGCACGGAGUAUCACUGACCGUGUGGCUGGAUUCUUCGCGGAGAACGAAACGGCCAUGGUCAUUCGAAAAUUUCGCUCUAUGGACCCUAAUUUUCAGAUUGAACCAUUCCUCCAGGAGCUGAGAGAGUACAUCUUACCCGAAGUGCUCGACGCUUAUGUCAAGGGCGAUACUGAAACUCUGAAGCUUUGGCUUUCGGCUGCUCAGUAUUCAGUGUAUGAAGCUUUGACCAAGCAGUACCUUCAAGCUGGCUUGAAGUCAGAUGGUCGAAUUCUUGAUAUAAGGCACGUAGACAUCCUAAAAGCCCGCAUGCUCGAUCCUGGUGAGAUUCCCGUCUUCAUCAUUACCUGCCGGACGCAGGAGGUUCAUGUCUACCGAAACGCCAAGACAAAUGAACUUGCCGCAGGAAUGGAAGACAAAGUUCAACUGGUCACGUAUGCGAUCGGCAUUACACGGACACCUGAGGAUGUUAACAAUCCGGAAACAAGGGGAUGGAGAUUGAUCGAAAUGCAAAAGAGCGGAAGGGACUAUAUAUAA